AUGAACCGCUACCUGGUGCCCGUGUCCGUGCUGGGCACGGCGGUGGGCGGCGCCGUGCUGCUCCGGGACUACGUCGCGGGCGGGGCCUGUCCCAGCAAGGCCACCCUUCAGGGCAAGACCGUCAUCAUCACGGGCGCCAACACGGGCAUCGGGCGGGAGACUGCCUUGGAGCUGGCCAGGAGAGGUGGCAACAUCAUCCUGGCCUGCAGAGACAUGGAGAAGUGCGAGGCGGCAGCCAGGGAGAUCCGCGGGGAGACCCUGAACCACCGCGUCAACGCCCGGCACCUGGACUUGGCCUCGCUGAAGUCCGUCCGGGAGUUCGCCAGGAAGAUCAUUGAGGAGGAGGAGAAGGUGCACGUGCUCAUCAACAACGCGGCCGUGAUGCGCUGCCCGCACUGGACCACGGAGGACGGCUUCGAGAUGCAGCUGGGCGUGAACCACCUGGGCCACUUCCUCCUGACAAACUUACUGCUGGACAAGCUGAAGGCCUCGGCCCCCUCGCGGAUCAUCAACCUCUCGUCCUUGGCCCACGUGGCUGGGCACAUCGACUUUGACGACCUGAACUGGGAGAAGAGGACGUACAACACGAAGGCGGCCUACUGCCAGAGCAAGCUGGCCGUCGUCCUCUUCACCCGGGAGCUGAGCCACAGGCUGCAAGGCACGGGCGUGACGGUGAACGCGCUGCACCCCGGCGUGGCCCGGACGGAGCUGGGCCGGCACACGGGCAUGCACAGCUCCGCCUUCUCCAGCUUCACGCUCGGGCCCAUCUUCUGGCUGCUGGUGAAGAGCCCCCAGCUGGCGGCGCAGACCAGCACCUACCUGGCCGUGGCCGAGGACCUGGAGGGCGUCUCCGGGAAGUACUUCGACGGACUCCGGGAGAAGGCGCCGGCCCCCGAGGCCGAGGAUGACGAGGUGGCCCGGCGGCUCUGGGCAGAGAGCGCCCGCCUGGUGGGCUUGAAGGUGUCGUAG